GACACAUCCCUCGACACUUGACAGUUAGGCCUACACCUGUGCACCGUGCUACUCUGUUUGAAAAGCUCGUUACACGAAAGUAUAAAAGCACAGUUAAAUUUUUCUCAUAAGGCUCAUUCAUAUCUGGAUUAACUUAUUAUUCCAUGUCACAAGCAAAAAGGGGUCUGCUGGAGUGUUAUGAAGUGUGUGUGUGUGUUUCUAUGGUGACGUUGGGACGAGGUUAGCGAUUGGUUGUGAAUGAUUCAACAUAGAUGGCGUUGUCCUCCUUUGGUGUUAGUUAGGACAGACGACCCCAGAACGUGAGACUGAAAGGUUGUCUCAUUCUAGAAAGCUGGGUAUUAUAUUUUGGAGCCUCUACUGAAACUUCUAGUCUCUGACGCUGUGUCUUUGUCACAACUAUCGUCUGGGUCCAAAGCGUCAUCCUCUGGACAGCCCCGGCCACUUCUCGCGUGUGCUUUGGCGCCAGAAAGAAAAACGCAUCCGUGGAAUGCUCAUGGUAGGCCACAGGUGAGGUGAGCAAACAUCUUCCGUCAGGUAUAGUCUUCUUGAGGUGCGGUGAGCAAACAUCUUCCGUCAGGUAUAGUCUUCUUGAGGUGCGGGGGGAGAAGCGGAGAGAGAAGAGGAAGAGGGGGUGAGUCAGUCUGUCAUUGAUUGUGGUCUGUCUUACUCCAGCAGGCAGAUGAUGAUCUAAAUAUUGAAAGAGACUAAAGGAAGUGCGACCACUCCAUUCAUUCUAGUUUCUGUUCGGAUUGCACGUGACUCACACACGCACACACAAUCUCGGACUGUCUCUAUGUGGACAAGACACACAAAUCAACAGCUGUGUGGGGUUUGGCUAUUACAUUUUUCACAUAGGAAUUGAAACUUGUUGCAACGGACUGUAGGUGGAUAACACAUGAGGUCUGAGUAGCCCCCCCCCCCAGCUCGUGUCCAGCUGUGAGCUGGCCAGCUAAUGGCUGUUUCCAGUCACAAAGGCAUGGAUGACUACUGGAAUGAGUUUCAGACGAUCGAACAGAGUGACUCCCACAGCGAUGAGGAUGAGCUGUCAAAAACCCCUGAUGAGGGUGAGAUUGAAGAAGCCUGGUUGAAGCGCGCUGGCUACAGUCAUGUGAUCAGUCAGUUCAAAGAGGGUGGGGACAUCUCUGAAGCUGACCUGGAUCUGAUGACCAGCUCACUCACCCAUGCCCAGAGAGAGGCUGUCAGAAAACGCAUCAAUAUCCUUACCACCACCAUGCGUAAAAAAGACAAGGUCACCAAAAUUCAUGUCAAGGACAUUUUUGCAGCCCCUAAAGAUGUACACGUACACACAAGUCAUGCCAACACCUUGCCUCAAGCUUACACCGCUCCGAAAAGAAAUACCACCAAAUCACCUGACCAGCGUCCAUCCAGUCCCUUUUCUCACAAGGGUGGCUACUCCAUGGCAGGUGGUACAAAUGAAAUCACAUCUUAUGUGGACGCAGGUGUGGCCACAUUAGGUAUUCAUCAUCGUACAAAAAGUAAAAAUGAAGCCAAUCAUCUCUACAACUUUUCUGACACUUCUGAUGACAUGGAGAUUCACCUUGACUUCACCACAGAAGAGUUAGAAAAGCCCUUUUCUCCUGUAGCAACUUUCCCAGACCCUCACAGAAUAGAACUCCCAGCCUUUGAUGUCAGUUCUGACCCUCUAGGCAUCACUUACAUUGGUGAUCUAGCAGACUGUGAUAUAGAGAGAGUCAGGGAGCUGGCCUUUAUAGAAUUAACUGCCCUGCUUGAUGCUUACAACAUAGAUCAUAAACCUAUGAAACGCAAGAGAAAGGUCAAAGAUCAAGGAAUAUUUGGUCUCCCUCUGAAACUGUUAGUGGAACAAGAUCAGAAGAGGUCACCCGGAACUAAAGUGCCAGUUGUGUUUCAAGCAAUGAUUGAUUACUUGGAAAAAGAAGGUUUAAACACUGAGGGCAUCUUCAGGGUGUCUGCAUCAGAUGCUAGAACCAAACAACUCCGCCAGGAUCUAGAAGACAAAUUAUAUCAGGGUCUCUUCUCAUGGGGAGAUGCAGGUGUCCAUGAUGUAGCAGUUGUGUUCAAACAGUUUCUCCGUGAAUUGCCCUCUCCGCUUCUUUCCAAUGAAAAUUUUGAUGCAUUUCCUCAAGUUUGCAAUAUCCCUGACCUCCUGAAACAGCUGAAAGCUUUAAACUUGUUGAUCAUACUGUUGACAGAUGAACACAGAAACACACUCAAGGUGCUGCUUCGUUUCCUAAGGAAAAUUGUGUCCCACAGUAACAUGAACAAAAUGGGCUUAAACAACAUUGCUAUGAUCAUGGCACCCAACCUAUUCCUUCUACAUGCACGCAGCAAAGAGAAACUCCACUUGGAGACAGAGUUGAAAAAGGCUGAGAGUACUUCUAAAAUAGUGACAAUGUUGAUACACUAUCAAGACAGUCUUUGGACUGUUCCUUCCAGUUUUAUUGCUCAAUUGAGACAUCAGUACACAGUGGAGGCUCACAGAAAGGCGGACAAAAGUUUGUUAUCAAAGUUUUCUAGAAAAAAAGAGAAGACAGAAGACAAGUACAAAAAACUUCCUAACAAUGAUCAGUUGGAGUCUCAGGAUGUUGUGAUCAAAGUCCAGGCGCCUCAUCUUACCAAGAGCUCAGCCCUUGUACAGUUGGACAAUUCUACAACUGCAGCUGAUGUGGUAGAUAAGUUUAAAUGUGAAAAUGGAGAGUUGACAAGAGAAAAUAGUACCAUUGGUGAAGUGGAGACAUCUGCUGGUCAUGUUUAUAGAAAUCCAAACAACGCACACUAUGCUCAUGAUACAGACUAUCUGUUUGAAGUGGGAGGAAAUAUUGCUGAACGGUGUUUAGAUCCUCGCACUAAAAUGAUGGAGCUCUAUCAUGUGAAUCCAACAGCCGAAUGGGUCAUCAAGUCCAGGAAAUACAGAUAGUGAUGAGCAGAAGCUCUUCUUUCAUUCUAUCUUGUUCCGGCCUAAACUUCAGGAGUAGCUUGGUAUGGCCAGUGCACCUCUACUGUUGAAGAAAACAUUUGCAGCUCAUUGCCCUAUAGUAUUAGUGUUGGAGCACUCUGACAUAAUAGUCCUACAAUGAUGUGAUGGUGAUACAUUUUAAAUAUGGUCCCUUGAAAAAUCAGAGAUUUUGAUAUUAGGAGUUAGGAUCAUUUUGAGUAUUUAUGUGUACAUUGUUAUUUAAUGUGGAAAAUUGUCCAAAAGUGACCAUAACUUGCUGUUCUGAGGGACUAAAUAUGAACAUCACUAACUCCCUGCUCUCUAUGCAUUUUAAUAACUUCUAUCUCUUGCUUAUAGAUGCACAGACUCUUAAAAUAUAAUUUUGACAUAAGUUAUUUGUGUCAAAAGUAUUCUGCAAAAACAAUCACAUUUUGUUCAGACUGGUUUUUAUUUAGCUUCAAGUUCAUCAAUAAUAAAGAAUGUGCUGCUCAAUGUAGCUAUGUUAAAGUUCUGAUUAUUUGGACAUUUGUUCUUAAAUCCCAGAAAGCUCUGUACUAAGAUGUCAAACAAAUUGUGCUGUUGUUUUUAUUUUACAUACUUAGACAUAGUGAGACAUUUGUUUUGACAUAAAGAGGUUUGAUUGUCCAUGCAUUUGUAACUACUCUUAGGCAGCCUAGAGAUAUGCCAUGACACACACUUUAUUGGACAAUAGUUUGAAUGCCAUAUGUAUGCUUUUGUUUUUCUUUUUGUUACAUUUUUUCCUCUUGCAUUUAUAAAUCUUUGUUAAAAGUAGAGCUGUGUUAAUGUGAAAGGUCAGUGCAAAAACAAAACCUUGGAACUUUUGUGAUAGCAUUCUUGCUGUUCUUGUGACUGUUGUAACUAACAAUGUGAAUAAAUUGAGCUUGAUUCUAGGUCUGCAUGUGAGAGAGAGAGAGGACUUUCACAGAAAUAUAUUCAAGUGUCAAUGCACUAUUAGUGCAAAUGUUUAUUUUAUACUGAUAAAAUGUCAAUGAUUUCUUAUUUGACUUACUUUAAAGCAAUACAUCUUGUGGUUUUCUGUGUAUGACAUGUUGUAUGACACCUGGGGAGUCCAGGAUUGAAGGCAAAGUUACAAAAAGAAAGUAUUAAUAUGAUUUUUAAUCUGAUGAACCAAAAAUAUUUUCCCCCAUCUUUUAACACAAAAUCUCAAUUCAAAAUGGAAUCAAAUUCUUGAACUAAUGAACAUUAAUUCUGGGUAUAGAUCUUUUCAUCUUUUUAAAAAUCAUUCCCCUCUUUUUACACAUAGAAUUGACCAAAUGCUUAGUAUCUCAAAGAAAAUAAAUACAUUUCUAAUAGUAAAUGCAUAUCACACUUAACGUGGUUCUAUGUAGUGGGAGAUAUAUGAAAUUAGAGUAAGAUUUUUGGUCAAUUCAGUUCCGAUAGUAACAUGAUACUUCUGAACAAUGUUCUUCCACUUUGUUUAAUCAAGUCAAUCACUUAUCAAUCCUUGCAUUAGAUUUCUGGGUUGUUUUUUUUUAAAUGUAAUAUGGCUAAAAAAAAGAAAAAAGAGAAUAAAAUGGAGUAGGGGGAAUGAAGGAACUUUGAUUAAAAUACAGGAAAAGUAAAAGAUGAAUUAUGAAAGCAAAUCUUUGUUGUUGAUAGACAUGCUACCUUUCUUUUCUUUGCAUUAUAGGAAUAACAUUUCUCAGUUAAUCCUUUCAUUGGAAUAAAAGGUUAACAAGUGCCAAAAAAAUAUAGGCUAUCAAUAUAUUGGAAAUUGAUAGAUUUAACAAGACCUACAUGACUGAUAUAUAUAUAUAUAUGUAUAUAUAUACAUAUAUAUAUAUAUAUUGAUAUAUAUACUAUAAUGUAGAAUGUGAGGUGUAUGUAUGUUACUUAUAGACAUCAAAACCGCUUGACCAAUCUUGAUAAAACUUGGCAGGAAUGUGUCUUGGGUACCAACUUAAUUAGACCUUAGUGUAUGUAUUGUAGCCCUAAAACAAACUUAAGACCCUAAAAAAAAAUAAAGUUGUCCGACUCUAUUACAGCUAUAGUAUUUUAUGGAUCUAGGCCAUGUCUACAAUGUUGACAUGAGAAAAGAUUGAAAGGAUUUAGACCUAGAUCUAAUUUUAAGAAAUACACUUUGCGCAGAUAGUUUUUUACUUUGACACAUGAAAAUACAAAAGAAUAUCCAUUGAUUUCAUUAUAUAAUAAAAGUAACCUUCAAUUUUGUGUUUCAAAAGCAUUUUUUACAUAAAUUAGUUCUUUAUAUCUGUGACUACAGAUUUCCUGACGAACAUUCUUUCAUUAGACAAUACCGUAAUGAAUCGCGUACUAAAAAUUAAUUCGUUUAAUUGUUUACUUUAUAAUCCCAUUCCUAGAUCUAAAACUCUAAUUCAACUCUUAGAUGAUAAAACUUCUCUUCGCACAGAUAGUUUUAUACAUUAACACACGAACAUACUAAUUAUAGUCCAUUCAUUUCAUAUUUUGAUCAAAUAAACAUUAAAAUUUGGUUUUCUAAAGCAUUUUUAAGAGACUACAUUCGUUUACGAAAGCUGCGAAGCCGAGUUGAUAUAGGCCUAGAUCUAUAUAAUAUUCAUUCAUGAAUCCUGUACUAAAAAUUAUUUCGUUUAAUUGUUCACUUUAUAAUCCCAUUCAUUUAACAAAGCGAUCGCUCUUUUCGUUUUUAAUAGAUAUGCAUGUAUCGGCUUCGGGUAAACCAAUUUUCGCAAAACUAAUUUUAUUUUUGUAGCGAAAGAAAAAAAACUUGAAAGGAUCAUUAGCUAACUUUAACAUACAUCUAAAUCCAAUCCACUAGAUAAGUAAACAAAAACUUAGACCCGCAGGCCGCGGGUAAUGUCAGGCUAGUAAAAAAAAUAUAUAUAUAUAUAUGAGUUUAUUUAUAUUUAUUUUAUUGUAACUAUAUAUGAAGAUGUUUUCAGCUAAGAAGAAAUGGUUGUGUGUGCAAAAUGCAUAAAUCCUUUACCAUUGAAAAGAUCUAAAACAAAUUAAACAUUUUUAUAAAAAUAAGUUAUUUUCUUUCCCGUCAGACAUGUGGUUAUACACUGUAUGCUUACUCAUUAAGCCAUUAGCUUCAGAAAUGUCCAGUAUGAAUGUACUAUAUAUACUAAUGGUUUGAUGUGAAAGAAGGAUUUUAACAAGCCAACCAUUAGUGUCAAUCAGCUUGUUAGAUAGUUUGGUAAGAAAUAAAUGUAAUUAUUGGUCCUGUGAUUAUUGAAUGAACUACAUGCCUUUUAUGUAAUAAAGCAAACAAAAAUCUGUAGAUAUAUUUAAUAAAAAAAAAAAUCAAUUACUUGGUUAUUUGAAAACACAUUUAAUAUUUACUACAGUAUCUUUUACUUUUUACACUAUUUAGUCUCAGUAACUUGCAAGAUAGAUUCAAAUGAAAAUAAAAUAGUUAUUAUAGAGAAACAAUGUCUCUAAUUAAUACUUACAAAACAUGUUUGCUUAGAAUGGUAAUUUGAAGGCAACAAAUAAAAUGUUAUGUAAAUAUCUAUUUGACAAAUCAUCCAAAGAAAAAGUGUGCAUGAUAAAAUUUUAUGUGUGUAUUAGGCAACUAUGUAUUCUAUUUAUUAUUUGUAUUAAUAACUGAUGGCACCAAUUAUGACAUGAAUGAGUAUACAUAUUAAAGACAAUUGUUAUUUCUCUA